UUUCUCUUUUGACUACCUGUUUUUUUUUCCCUUUUUUUAAAACUCCUUUCUCUUUUUACUUUAAAACCGAUAAAAUAGAAUCCGGUGCCGGUUUCCGAGCUACCCCUCGCCGCCUCGUCUCUCUGUCGGCGUCGUCGCCAUGGAUGAAGAAUACGACGUGAUAGUGCUCGGAACCGGCCUUAAGGAGUGCAUUCUCAGCGGUCUUCUCUCCGUCGAUGGCCUGAAGGUCCUGCACAUGGACAGGAAUGAUUACUAUGGAGGGGAGUCAACCUCACUCAAUCUCAUUCAGCUUUGGAAGAGGUUCCAGGGAAAUGAUAGCCCCCCAGCACAUCUGGGCUCCAGCAGAGAUUACAAUGUUGAUAUGAUCCCAAAGUUUAUGAUGGCCAAUGGUACCUUGGUUCGUGUGCUCAUCCAUACAGAUGUUACAAAAUAUCUGUACUUCAAAGCUGUAGAUGGAAGUUAUGUUUUUAACAAAGGGAAGAUUCAUAAGGUUCCUGCAACUGAUAUGGAGGCACUCAGGUCUCCUUUGAUGGGUUUGUUUGAGAAGCGCCGAGCUCGGAAGUUCUUUAUUUAUGUCCAAGACUAUGAUGAAAAUGAUCCAAAAACACAUGGAGGUUUGGACCUUACAAGAGUGACAACAAGAGAACUUAUCUCAAAAUAUGGUUUGGAUGACAACACAGUAGACUUCAUUGGUCAUGCAUUGGCGCUGCAUAGAGAUGAUCGCUAUCUAGAUGAACCUGCGCUUGAUACUGUGAAAAGGAUGAAGCUUUAUGCAGAAUCCUUAGCACGUUUUCAAGGUGGUUCGCCAUAUAUUUAUCCUCUAUAUGGAUUAGGAGAGCUCCCUCAGGCAUUUGCACGCCUUAGUGCUGUUUAUGGUGGGACGUACAUGUUGAACAAACCAGAGUGCAAGGUUGAAUUUGAUGAGGAAGGAAAAGUCUGUGGUGUGUCAUCUGAAGGGGAAACUGCAAGAUGUAAGAAAGUUGUCUGUGAUCCUUCCUAUUUACCAAACAAGGUUAAGAAGGUUGGAAAAGUCGCGAGAGCCAUUGCUAUAAUGAGCCAUCCUAUCCCAAAUACCGAUGAUUCUCACUCAGUGCAGGUUAUACUUCCACAAAAACAACUGGGUCGCAAGUCAGACAUGUACCUUUUCUGUUGUUCUUAUUCUCACAAUGUUGCCCCAAAGGGGAAGUUCAUUGCGUUUGUCUCAACAGAAGCUGAGACUAACCAGCCUCAAGUAGAACUAAAGCCGGGCAUUGAUCUUCUUGGCCCAGUUGAUGAGAUAUUUUUUGAUACAUACGACAGAUGUGAACCUGUCAAUGAACCCUUGCUGGACAAUUGCUUCAUAUCAACUAGUUAUGAUGCUACGACACAUUUCGAAUCAACUGUCAUGGAUGUGCUUGCUAUCUAUACGAAGAUCACUGGAAAGACCAUUGAUCUUAGCGUGGAUCUCAGUGCUGCCAGUGCUGCCGAAGAAUGAGAAGCACGAAAUGACAGUUGCAAGGAUUUUCAGUCAGGUUUACUGUAAUUUCAUAAGAUUGGAGUUAAAUUUGUCUAAAUGAGGUUUCUCAGAUGCUUCUAUAGUCAUGUUCUUGGAUAUUUGUUUCCUGAAGUGCAAUUUUUCUUGAUAACGAAGAGGCCUUUCUUGUUUUGGAAUUUUGUCAUCUGGAAGAAUGGAUAUGAUUGCCAUUUGAUUAGAUAUUAUCUAUUAUUUAUGUAACUGGAGCAAUCCAUCUCGCUUUAUGCUAA